AUGACUUCAACAGAAGCACGACUAAUUCAAUGGAAAAAGUUGUAUCAGCUCAUAUCAGGGACAUUCUACAAUGAAAAUCAAGAUGUUAUCAAAAAGAAGCUUCUUGAAUUGUCCAAAGAGAUUGAAAUGGGAUUGUAUGCUUUCAAAAAACCAACUUCAGAUUCAAAUGGGAGAGUUGAAAAAUUAUUGAAAGACAAACAUCAACAAAAGUUAAUUCCAUUCACGAAAAAACUGUAUCAAUUUCUCGAUCUUGAUGUUAAUCAAUCUUAUGAAAUUCUCUGCUAUUAUCUGGUGAAUGAAUAUCGAGGGUCAGCAAGUUCAUUGCAGAAUUUUGUUUCCAGCGAGUCUUUAAUGAUAAAACUUCUCAGCGACAUUUGGUUCUAUUAUGGCCUCGAGAGGAUGGUUCUUCUUAAAGUGACAAAAUGUAUCGUUGAGUUUCACGAUUCCAACGAUCAUCCAUAUCGCGAUGCUUUCAAAGCUGUUAUUGAGAAAAUUGGAUUCAAAGAUUUGCUCGUUUCUCACAUCAAUCAACUUGAAGCGCUCAUCAACGACAUUCAACAUGUAAAAUUCCUCGUUGGAGAUUAUUUCAAUAGUCCUCAGAAACUUCAAUCAUGGUCUGAGCGAAAGCAUCGCGAAAUGAUUGAAGUGCUUCAAAUUAUUGGCUUGUGUUGUCAUUUCGAAAAAAUUCAACCAGAAAAUGUUGAACGACUUGUGAAUUUAUUCCGAAAUCAUUCGUUUGGAAAACAAAAUCAAUUUCUAAAUCCUGCAAAUUCUUUACAUUCUGAUCUCAUACAGAAAGUGACGUUUAAUGAAGUGUCGUGUUUGAUGAUCAUUUUAUCAACGACAAAUGUUGAAAGUUUAACAUGGAUGGAGGAAAUAAUUAACAAACUUGAUGAAACAAUCAUUGGAAUGCAUAAUUAUCCUGAACAUGGACCGAUUCUCAUCUCAUGGAUGCUCUUUAAAUUUGCAUCGAAAAGCAAUGAAACAACGACGGAUCAUUUUGCAGUUUAUGGAAAGUUAGGAUCACGAGCUGUUCAAUUGGGAGUCUUUGAAUUUCUUUACAACAUGCUACAGCACAAAAUGUUCAAUGACAAAAGUUUAUUAGCUAAAAACAUCGUUCGAUGUUUGUACGAUAAUUUAUCAUUUCUCUGUGAACUCUUCAACACAGACGGAUCAAUUUCUCACCAUCCAAAACUGUUUGAACUUUUCAGUGAGAUUUUAAAGUCGCCAGAAAUUGCGAAAGAAUUUUGUAAGACUGAAGAGAAUCCAAUAAGAAGCAUUUUCAACUCAGCUUUAGAGAAAUUUCCAGUUGAGUUGACGCCAUUUUCAUUAAUCGUGACGUCGUUAGCUGGUGCAAGUAACAUGAGUCAUAAAUGGAUUCUUAAUUACGUUCAAAAUCUUCCAGUUUACACAGAACAGCCGAUCGAUCCACUUUAUGAAUUGAGGAGAGCAGUUGAUGACGAAGAUGAAGACGCUUACAUUUUACUCAAUGAUUAUCAACCAUUCAAAAAAAUCAACGAGUUUGUCAUCGAAACAGGAACGAAAGCGAUUGUCAGAGAACAAAAGAAUCGAAUGUUUGUUCAUUUCUUUGUCAACACAAACUAUUUUCAUGUUUUACACAACGAAAUUAAUGACAUCAUGUACAGCUUUCAAAACUUCUCAGCAAUCCACGAGUCACAAAUAAAAAGAUUGGAAGUUGUGCUUAAGUUUCUGUCCACAAUCAUCAAGAGAAUUGACGGACCUGACGACAUUACAAACGAAAUGAUUCAUCCAACUGAAAUGGUUUUUGAUCUUCUUGUGAAAUUUAUGACAUUUCAAUCACCACCAAUCGAUCUCAUGGCUAUUUGCAUUGAUGUAUGCACGGAACUUUUAAGUUAUUUCGGUGAUGAAAUCACAAGACGAUUCAUCAAUCUGAAAAUUGCGCCAUCGAUCACUUCCCAAAAUCUUGAUUACAAAUCUUAUGCAAAUGGAACUGGAUUUGAAUCGGGAUUGGUGGGAAACUAUUUAAUUAACUUUGAGAGACAUUCGGGUCGUUACAGUUUCUUGAAAGCUUAUCUAAUGAUUGAUCCAUCACUUGUUGAACUUCCAGGUCUUAUCUUCUUGUUGAGGGAGAUUUUUGUUCAUGCUAAUGGCUGGCAUUACGAAAACGAGCAAGAUAGGAUGGACAUCUUUAUUCUUGUUCUCGAACAUGUUCAUGAUAUUCUCACACUCCCCAAAGACAUCAUUAAAAGCAAUCAGAAGAAACAAUUGCUUCGAGAUAUUUGUGUUUACAGUCUUUUAAACCUCGAGAUGUCGGUCGCAUUACUCAAACAUGUCGCAGUUGGAAAUCCAAUUCUUCUCUCGAAUUUCAUUGAAAAUGAGUCAAAUUGGUUCGCCGCAACUGACUCGAAUUUGAAUCUUCUCGUGUUGAAUGCCAUGAAAAUUCUCAUGCAGAUACUGAAACUUAAAUACUCGAUUGAUGAUGAGAAUGUCGUUCGAUUGUCACCACUUGAACAAUUUAUUUACACACAACCGAAGCAACUUGAUACAUUGAAAGUUAUUCCGAUUGUCACAAGUUACACGUCUUAUCCAUUUAAUCGAAGAUUUUCCGUUUUUUCAUGUCGAUUGUUAAGAAGAUUUGCUAUUGAAUUUCAUAGCUCGUUGUCAGCUUGCUUAGAUCUCGAACCUGAUCAAAUUCGCAUGAUGUUUCUUCAACGACUUCGUGAUAAUCUUGAAAGUGAUGAUUUGAAGAUUGCUGUGCUAGAUUUGGUGAAUGCUUGUAUUGAUCGACAACCUGGAUUAACCGAAGCAUUCUUUAAAGUGACAUACGAGCAAGAUAAUCGCAACAAAUUCUUCAUCAAACGAACGAAAGAGUCGGAAAAUAUGUGCGAUGGGAUUGUAACAUACAUGGAAGAAUAUUUAGAUGCAAUCAAACGAGAUCCAACAAAGACGACGGAUGAACAACUGAAGAGAAUUAUGAGUUUGUUUCAUGGCCUUUGGAAACAAGGUUUGCAAUCUUUAGUGAAAGAAUUGGUGAAGAAAGAAAACUUCUGGUCGUCACUUUGCAGUCCAUUGCUAACAAAUCCAAUUGAAAGCUUUCAAUAUGCUCAACUCUUCAACAUUAUCGGCAUUGAAUUGUUCAGAAUUCGUGACACAAGCGAUGAAGAUGAAAAGUUUAAGAAAGUUUUGAAUGAAUUUUUAUCACGCGAUGUCUUUAAGCGAUGGCUUGAUGUGUUGUUUGACUUGCCAUCGAUGGAUUACGAUGACGUUUCAAUAGUGAUGAGUGACACUCCUGAAUGGCUUUCACGACUUCAAUCAUUUAAAGAUUUCAUCGUUCUGCUACUUCACAAGAAAUCUUUCGUUAAGAUUCCCAAUGAAAGUUACAAACUACUGCUCGACAUGUGUCUAGAUGCUUUGGUUGAUGCAUCGGAAAGAGUUGAAAGUGAUUUAGAUUCACGACAAUUUGUUGUGCUUUCUGAAAUGUUUUUGAUUCUUCUCAACGAUCAGAAAGUGAAAUACACGAAAACAAGUGAAGAAGACGCGAAAUUAUUGCAGAAAGUCGAAAUGCUGAUGAAAACGUUAACGAAAUGUUAUCAUGAAUUACAUAAACGUGGAAAGCAUUCAAUUCUUGCGAUAGCUAUUAAAAUAAUUGAUCUUGAAUCGGAUGAGAUUAAAACGAAUGGAAAUUUAAUUGCUUUAAGUUUCGUGCGGUAUAAUGUUGAGAUUCUUUGUCACGAAUUCUUUUUAAUUGAAAAUCGAACGAACAUGACUGAAAGUGAAGAUGUUGAAAGGACAAAUUCGUUAAUUUUGUCAAUCAACUUGUUGAAGAAGCUUCUGAUGUUGCAAGAGAAUGGAGAAAUUUCCGGUGAUUGGAGUCAGUGGUUUAAUCAUCAUAAAAUCUUUAAUCGCUUCUUAAGUGCAUUGAAUGUCAUUUGUCAAGAUUACAGUCAACGUCUCAUCACUGCCGAAAUCUUUGAUUUACUCGUCACUUUUGCAAAAGGAUCUCCUUACAGUAAAGAGUUGAUAAAUUCCGAUCUUGGCGAUUAUCUGUGGAUGAAACUUAUUCCACCAAAAGAAUUAAUCGAAAGAAACUUUGAUGCAGUUGAAGUAAAAGACAAAACAUGCGAAUGGACCCCACAAGAAUGGUGGAUCAUUUAUGGAAAAGGAAUUCAACUUGUGAAGCUUCUUGUUGAACAACAUUCACAUUUAUUCAUUAAAGAUGCUUUGUUCUUCAUUGGAAUCCACGAGGAAUAUCUCACCGACUGCAUUGUGUUGGCGAAAAUUUCUCUCGAGCCAAACGCCAUCAAAUUGAUUCGAGUAACGUUGGAACUUUUAUCGGAAGUUGUAGGAUUUGAAAAUGCUUGGAGAAUUGAUUAUUAUCAAAGCAUCAUGACUUUAAUGAAAUGUGUUCAAAGUUUAAUGGAAAAUUCAGUUUCGCUACUUCACAGACCAAAAAUUCUCAAACGUUUAACAGAAACAUCAAAGAAACAAUUCGAAGAAUAUUCUGACACACUUUUGACAGAUCCCAAUGAUGAGUUGGUGAAUUCAAUGAAUGAGUUAAUAGAAAUCAUCACUUUAUGUGCCAAAUGUUUACUUCAAUUCAGUCCAAAGCUAAUUAAUCUUCUUUGUGAUGUUGAAUUUGUCAAUAAAUGGACGCCGUUCAUUGAAGUUCAAUUUGGGGCACCGAAAAUCAAUUCAGAAUCAAUUCAACAACUUUCAUUUGCAACAAUUUUAAGUGCGAUUGGAGUUUUCGUGAAAGCUUUAAAUCUUCAACAUUUUGUGUUCAAACAAAUUCCAAUUAAUCAAAUUCCAAAUGAACAGGAAGUUGAUGGAUCGGAAACAGUCUCAAUGGCGACAUUCAAUGAAUCGAUGCAUCAACGUGCACUAGGUUUGCCUCCAUCAUCGCCAAUCUCAUCGCCUUUAAGCCCACGACGUCCAUUCUCGAAGUCACUUUCAAUGACUUCAGCUUCAUCGUCAAUCGUUCAAGCAUCGAAUGAACUUUUAUCUCAUCUCGAUUCAAAGAUUUGCUUCGCAGCUUUGGAAUAUGUUUUAACACUUUUGGCAUCACAAAGUUUAUUGUUGUUGAAGAGUCAAAGUGUGUCGAGUCGUGAAAAGCAAUUAAUUCGUCGUGAAUUAUCAAAUGAACUUUACAUCUUUCAUGAUUUCGUGAAGAAGAAGAUUUUCAAGGAUUUCAAUAAAAUGCUGCAUCGACAGAAAUUGGGAGCAUUUCAAGUCAUAAAUAAAGUUGAUGACGAUGAUGAUCAAGACCAGCCCGGACCGUCACGAUUGUCAACUUCACAACGAAGAAGUCAUGAUUUGCGUGUAAAUGUCGUGAGAAAACUUCAUCUUCAACAAAAGGCUUCUCUUGACAUUCCAACAAGUUUUUCACCAAUUUUGCAUGCUGGCACGUCGAAACAUGUGCCCAUUGACAGCCCCCCGUUAAGAUCAGCAGGAAAUCCAACCACAAGCACAACAAUGAAACGCGUUGGUUUCGAUUUAAGCUCAACAGGAAGUAAAGUAAUGAUGGAAGAAGAUGAUGAGCCCUAUGUUGUUAAUCGUGCUGAUCCAUCGUUCACUGGGCUUUCUCAUGUUAAGAUGGUGGAAGAAGAUUACAUUCAUCUCUUAUCUAACUUGUUUAUGUUCAUUUGUCAAGCUGAAAAUUAA